GAAUGCAGCAGCGCUGCAGCGCCCCUGAUGGAGGAACAGGAGACGUUCAGGGCUUCCUGGGAAAAAGAAACCGAAAGAAUAAAUGUGACUUCACAACACAGAUCGUCGACUGGAGAUUACUUUCACCAUGUCGUCAGAUGAGGAUUUCUCUCUGGUGAUAGAGACCCAGCUGCUAUCCGAGGACACUUUGGAGGGAAUCGAGGCUUUAAUCACCAACUACAAGAAAAAGUACGACCAGCUGAUCGAGGAGCAGAAGGAGCUGGCUUCCAGCAGAGAUGACCGACGGGAAAUGACUCAGAAGUUCAAGCAGCGCACCAUCAAACUGACCCAGGAUCUGAUAGAGGACCAGCGCUCAUACAAAGAGCAGAUUGAAAAUGAAAAGGCUAAGAUGAACUUGAUGCAGCAGGAUGAGAGGGAACUGACGAAGGAGAUACAGAGAGUGGCGGAAGCUCUGAAGGAGGAAGAGGUCAAAAACAACCAUCUGAAACAGCAGACUGAUGUGUUCACUGCUGUACCAGAGAAGAGGGUCGUCUUCACCGGCUCAACAGGAAACGGAGCCGACACAUUUGAAAUGAAGCCAAGUGUAGUGUUCCCGAUGGAGGGCGGGGCGGUACUGGUUACAUUUGAGGACAAAGUUGUUGCCAAUAAGAUCCUGGACAUGAAGAAGCAUCAGGUGGAUCUGGGAGCAGAUUGCAGCAUCACUGUGGAGGCCCAGCCAAUUCAGCUGAUGCUGCCCAAUCUGGUGGAGAUAGACUCUGAAGUGAGUCCUCAGCACAUAUUAAUCUCCAACCUGCCCAAGAUGGAGAGCGAGAAGCUGCUGGAGCUGGAGAUCCAUUUCUCCAAGCGUAAACACGGAGGCGGAGAGGUGGACAGCUGUGAAAUGCUGCCUGACUCUGAGACUGUGGUCAUCACCUUUGUGGAUAAAAACAUCGCCAGAGGUUUGACGGAUAAAGAGCACCAUGAAGUGAGACUACAACAGAAGAUGCACAGAGUGAGAGUCACUCCUUUUCUCAACGGAAAGAUUACAAAAUUAAAGACCAAGAUGACGACGUGUCCUCGGACGGUGCUGCUGACGGGAAUCCCUGCCGUCAUGGAGCGGGAGACCCUGCAGGAUCUGCUGGAAAUCCACUUCCAGAAAAGCAACAAUGGCGGAGGAGAGAUCGAAGCCUUCCUGUACAAUCCGCUGGGUCAGCACACCUCUGCCCUGUUUGAGGGCGUCUCCACAGACAGAGAGGAGGAGUAGGGUUUUGAUUUAUCACCUUUCAGGUUCAGGGCGAGAUAGUCCGAUGUAAAGACAGGAUCCACCCUGCAUCUGUUUCAGUCUAAUAUUCUGUUUUCACACCUUUUGUGAUUGAAGUUAGUAUAAUUUAGUACAAAGUUAUAAGCUUUAUAAUCUUGGGAUGUUUUAAACUUUGUAUAAAAUUGGUGGACAUUGUUUUCUAGAACAAAAUAUCUGACUCCUGUCACAAUAAGCCCUUUUCUCAGCAGCCGUUUUGACAUGUCAUUGGAGGGUAAACACAGGUGUAAUUGGCUGUCGCAAUAACUGCAAUAUUGCAAUACCACACUAUUGAUAACCAAUAGCAGGGGAUGGCAAGCAACCGCCACCGUCCCUAUCUCCCUAGACAUGUUUCAGCCUUCCCUUCAUCCAGAGCAAGUAUUCUUCCUUGUGCCAACAUUUUUACCUCUGCGAAUAUUCCGUAUCAUAGCAACCAAAGCAUCUCAGCUGAAAAAAAAGCUGCACCUCACUGCCCUUCUAUGUUCUGCAUUUAACAACAACCAAGUAUUCAUUUGUAUCUUUGUUAUUUAAAAAGCAACACAAUAAUAGCCAAACAAUAAAUCUUAUUUGUAAAAAUAAGAUAAAACUAAACUGAACAGGGCCAUUAUUAAUUUUGUCAAUUACACUUGUUGUGUUUAGUCUGCUAUCACAUGUAAAAAUGGCUGCUGUGUAAAGGGUGCAUUGUCAAAUACAGUGUAAUUACAAUGAUGCAAUAACCUCAUUAAUCAACAAGGAAUGUGUACUUUUAGCAGUUUUAUUACGUAAAAAUGUAAAUAGCCUGCUGUAACACAUUAUUUUUUUCAUUUUGGCUCAGUGCAAUUAAACUGGAGUGAAAUUAAGAAAUGA